UGGACAAAAUCUGGACUGUUUAGAAGCUGUGCAGCUUCUGAAUUCCGGAUUGUCAGAGUCCCGCGGCUCCUUUGAUUUUCCGGUUUCCAAACGGCCCCUGACCGUCUGGCAUCUCCGGGAGCGGAAGAUCGGGUCAGUCUGGUACGGCGCGUGCCGAAGAGCAGCUGCAGGCAUCUUCUCCCGUCGCCGUUGACAAUCAAUCGCCGUCGCCGCCCUCGUCCUCGCACCUCGGCCGCGCCACGCGUCCCCAUUAUUGCAGGCGCAUCCCCAUCGAGCUCGCGAGCUACCAGCUGGGGGCAGUCGCGGCCAGCGCUCGUGCUCGUGGUGCCGGCCCAUGUGCCGCUGCCUAAACAACGGGGCUGACCGUAACGCCUGCUCCUGCUGCCACUUGAAUGCUUCGUGCGGCGCGCGGCGCCAGCAGCUUCCCCGGCGGCGUCGAUGGAUCCCGGAGAGCGCUCAGCGCCGACCGCAUCCACCUCUGACCUUCCCUCCCUCCCCGCCUCGACCCGCAUUAACUACUCCCCGCUUCCGUACCGCCCCUCCCCCCCAUUUGGAGAGAGAGAGAGAGAGAGAGAGAGAGAGAGAGAGAGAGAGAAGUGCCUUGCGCGGCCGCGACCCUCGCGCGCCCUCCCUCCAGCCAAUGCCGUCCUGAGGCUGCGGGGCUAGGCGUGGCGUCGGCCACCGGAGCGGCAGCACCGGCAGGGAGCUGAAGGAAGGUGCAGAGCGAGCGAUCCGGCGAGGGGGGAGGAGGAGCAGGCGGGGAUGGCGGCGGAGGAGGGGCGGUCGCUGGCGGAGACGCCCACCUGGUCGGUGGCCACCGUCACCACGCUCAUGGUCGCCGCCUGCUUCCUCGUCGAGCGCUCCCUCUCGCGCUUCGCAAAGUGGCUGCGCAAGACCAAGCGGAAGGCCAUGCUCGCCGCGCUCGAGAAGGUCCGCGAAGAGCUGAUGCUGCUCGGCGUCAUCUCGCUGCUGCUGAGCCAGACGUCGCGCUUCAUAUCCGAGAUCUGUGUGCCCUCGUCGCUCUUCACCAGCCGCUUCUACAUGUGCUCGGAGAGCGACUACAAGGACCUUCUGCAGAACGCGGGCGCCAACCAGACGGCUCUGGAGAAGACCAUGUUUAGCAGCCACUCAAUGCACAUCUGCAGCGAGGGCCAUGAGCCUUUCGUUUCGUACGAGGGCCUCGAACAGCUGCAUCGGUUUUUGUUCAUCCUUGGUAUCACUCAUGUGGUGUACACUUUUGUAACGGUGGUUCUGUCCAUGAUCAAGAUAUAUAGCUGGAGGAAAUGGGAGACGCUAGCAGGUCCUAUUGCUGCUGAGGAGAUGAAAGCUAGGAGAAACAGGGUGAUGCGAAGGCAGUCUACCUUUGUUUUUCACCAUGCUUCUCAUCCAUGGAGCAAAAACAAAAUACUUAUUUGGAUGCUGUGCUUUCUGCGUCAAUUCAAGGGUUCCAUCAAAAGGUCAGACUAUUUGGCACUGAGGUUGGGCUUUGUCACAUAUCACAAGCUACCACAUUCAUAUGACUUCCACAAAUACAUGGUACGGAGCAUGGAAGAUGAUUACAAUGGGUCUAUUGGUAUCAGUUGGCCACUUUGGGCGUAUGCGAUCGUAUGCAUAUUGGUCAAUGUUCAUGGUAUCAACAUAUAUUUCUGGCUAUCCUUUCUUCCUGUAAUUUUGGUCCUUCUAGUGGGUACUGAACUUCAGCAUGUCAUCGCUCAGUUGGCUCUGGAAGUCGCAGAGGCAACAGCGCCUUAUGUGGGCACACAACUCAAACUGCGGGAUGAUCUCUUUUGGUUUGGAAAACCUCGGGUCCUCUGGUGGCUCAUACAGUUCAUUUCAUUUCAGAAUGCCUUUGAGCUGGCAACAUUCUUAUGGUCUCUGUGGGAACUGAGUGCUCAAACAUGCUUCAUGAAGCACUAUUACAUGAUUGUCAUCCGCUUGAUUUCUGGGCUGCUAGUUCAAUUUUGGUGCAGCUACAGCACACUGCCCCUUAACGUGAUUAUUUCUCAGAUGGGGUCCAAGUUCAAGAAGUCGCUGGUGUCGGAGAACGUGAGGGAGUCGCUCCACAGCUGGUGCAAGAGGGUCAAGGACCGGAACCGGCAGAGCGCUCUCUUAUCGCGGAACGGGACGGUCACGGCGAGGUCCGUGUGCUCCCUCGACACCACCUACGAGACCGACCACGAGACGAACACGGUGUGCACGCUGUCGAGGACGGCGUCGGCGACGUCGCUGGACGACCAGCUCACCGUCGGCACCGUCGACGACGACGACGACGAGCCGUCCGGCAUCGAGAAGGAUGUCUGACAUGUUGCUGAUCUGGUGACCCCCUCACUGCUCGACGGAGCUACACCCUGUGUAAUAGGAGGUCCUGAUUCGUGAAGAAAGAGAGCACAAUCGGGCCUGCCAUAUGGUAAUUUGUAAGAGGAAAACAGUGCGCUAUUUUGAAACCGAGGAAUCCCGACCAAACGAUUCAACAAUAGAGACAAAACCAAAAGAGAUUUCUCUGAUGGAACCAGGAACCAGAAGACCGAAACAGAAUCAGUUUUUCUCAGGAAAUGUUUCUUUGAGGAA